UUAUGGAGAGAAAACGAAUAUGUUCGUGGGUUUGGGAAGGCGCUCCUGUCUGCUCGCGCCUGAUUCCAAUCGCGUGGUGCGCGUCAGAAAAACUGUUGUCUUCGCAGACGCCAGAGGACUAGCCCUGACACAGGUGAGGAUUAUGUCGGAGCCCUCCGAAGUGCCCCCGUUCUGGAGCAGCCGCUUCUUGUCACAUCUGAUCCCGUCCAGGCUCUACGACGAAGUCGAUGGCGGUUAUCAGAAUGAGACCAGGACGCAGACUUUUUAGGGAUAGUUGGCAUCCUAGGUUCGAACAACCUGCCAGGGAUUAUGUGGCUUUCAGGAGGAAGUUGGAGGAGUCCAAUGUCGCUCUGGAGAAUAUUGUCGUUAGGAAGAAGGAUGAUGGGAGUUGUUCAGGAGGGAACGAGAAUAAAGCCGUCGGUACCGUAAAAGUCCGCAAUCUUGACUACCACAAAGAUGUCAUCAUCCGGUACACCACAGACGGAUGGAAAACAUACAAAGACGAAACGUGCAGCCAUGUCCCCACAUCAGCAUCUGCCAAGACAGGACCAUCGUCCGCUUUCCAUUUGCACGACACUUUUAGGUUCGAGUUGCUUCUGCCGACGGUUGCAAAAUCAGGCAACCCUUCAGCUGAGAAAUCAGGCAACACUAAUAUCUCUACUCAAUUGGCUAGAAUGACUCUUGGUGAUGAUAGAAAUCUGAAGAAUUCUGAUACUGGAGUCGUGUUUUGCGACCGAGUCGAAUUCUGUUUGAGGUUCAGGUGUGCAGGAGGAGAGUACUGGGACAAUAACAGUGGAAGGAAUUACGUGAUACAGAGGAGACAGCAGAAUGUGAUAACAAUGAGCAAAUUAGCGGAUAGUCCGAAGGCUUCGGACAAAGUUCGAGAGGCGACUUACGCUUCCAUGAAUGGGGGCUCUUGGAGCGAGUUUGCUAGUUGGCAGCACCUCGACAAUAAUUGUCCAUAUUGGUGACCGAGAUAGUUGAAAAGCGAGACCGGUCAAUUAUUUAUUAAUACCAUUUGGAGAUGAAGUAGGCGAUGUGGAGGCCCCUUUAUUGUAAAAACUUAUAAAUUGAACAUAAAACGAAGAAAUAAGAAAGAAGACUGUGAAUUCAAAGUGCCACUCGAUAUAAAAAAUAUAUUUAUAAAAUGUUGAAUAAUUCAAAGUCUACGUUAACACGAG